UUUCUUCUUCUUCUCUCAUUUCGGUUGAGAGAAACGGAGAAGCAGAGCUGCACGCAGAGCUCCGGGGAAAAAAUUUUGUAGCUCGAUUCUUGAGCUACACUGAUCCAAAAAUCCCGUAAGUAAUGCCUAAUUCAUCUAUACAUCGUGAUUUAUCGAUUUAGAGCUUUAAAACGAGUUUUUGGAUCAGGAAUUUCUUGAAUUCACGAUAAGCCAAAUUAGGUUUUCGGAGUAUCCGGAAGCUGGAUUGAGCCCAAAUUUCAAAUACGAGCUUCCUACACCGAGAUAAUCAAUCCUCUAGUUUUAAUCCAUGAAUUUCGGCUAUUAUUUAGGUCGAAGCCGGGAUCGCUGAAUUUAGCUCCGGCUAAGGUUUGAUGUGUUUUUAUCAAGAAUUUGACCUAGAGCCUAGAACGAAUAUUGAUGGGGAUACUGCAGGGAAUAUUAGGACGGUCUCGGAUUUUAAUUCGGAGUUCGUUCGUAAAAUUGACGUUUUAGUACGAGAAGCUAAAACCGGUGUUUAAACGACCAGAACUGGUGAGGGAUUAGCACGGCAUACCGGUUUUGUCGUAUAACGAUAAUUAUAUUGAUGCUUAGAAUUGACCUAGGUGAACUAGAAUGGCAUGAUUAAGGGCGUAUGAACUUUUGUGCUAUAUGAUGAACCAUGGACUACUGUAUGAUAUUAUUGACUUGCCCUAAUCGAGAUGGACCGUGUUUAUUGAUAGACCGUUAAUUACACAUAUUUUUACCCUUGUUCUUACACCGUUUGAGGUGUUGAUUCUCGUGUUUUAGGCUGAUUUCACGCUAGGUUGUGCUUGUUUGUCAUAUUUCAGGUCCUAGUACGUGAAUGGAGGCUUGGGAGCGAGUUUGGGGUCGAUUGGACGAAAAUCAGACGCGUGGCGAGGUGCUAAGGAAGCUGCACGGGCAUUCCUGGACAUCACACGGCCGUGCAACUCACAUUUGUGGCCGUGUGAUUUUCGUCGAGAGCAAGCACGGGCAGGAUGGAAAUCCCGCACGGCCGUGCGGGAAGCCUGAAGAUCGAACUAAUUGAUACGCCGCGUUUUGACUCGCACGGGCAACUGGGUGAGCCACACGGCCAUGUAGCCUGCCCGUGCGAGUCGGGAAAUCUUGGUUUUUCACCAAUUUCGAGCCACAAGGGGGGAAUCGGACUUUUUGAGCAAAAACAGAGCCCUAUAGAGAGAAAGUACGAAGAACACAUCCUAGAAGCUAUCUUGGAGCUGGGUUUCAAGGAAUCGAGCUUGGAGAUCGUCCUAGGAGUGGAAAUCAUCAUCCCGGAGCAGAUUUUCCUCAUCUUUAUGAGUAUGACUACUCCGAUUACUGUUUUCUUCUCUCUCUCUAUGGAGUAGAACCCCUCUUUCACUUGGGGAUGAAGAACCCUAGUUCUAUGCGUUAGGGAUGGAUUGUAAUGACUUGGGAUGAUAUUACUGUUUGAUUUUAAUCGAAUGAUGCAUGUUUAUUGAGUCAAUUGAAGUCUGAUCAACUUUUCCUGAUUCCUGCUGCAAUCUGAGAUAGAUAGAAUCUGAUUAGGUUGCUAGAGUCUCAUCAUUCGGUAGUAGGAGAUUGGCUAUACGAGAGUUAGUCAGUUUACUGCUUUGUACUGGAAUCUAAUUCCAGUAGUGGAGUUCUGUUCUUACUGCUUCAGCUUUCUAUCCCGGUGAAGACUAGUCGUCUGCCGGGUAGUUAGACUGAGAGGGCUUGGUCAGCUUAAGAGAUUCCAAGCUACUGUCGGAUCUUCCGCAGUCUAAUCAAUAGUAAAUCAACCCAGGGAAUUGCAAUUGAACCUAACUAAGGAGCUAGGGGGACUCAUUCCCGAGUGACUCUUACCUGCUUGAGAAAACCGUACCAAUUCCUGCUUUCUUUCUGCUUUUGCUUUUAAACAACAAUCACUUACUUUAGUUGGCUAGAUAAUAGAUAAUCACUGAGUAAGCAGUAGAUCUAGACCCCCGGUUGAUAAUAUCACUUGUCACUUUACUGCAUUCCCUGUCUGCGAUUACACUUGGUCGCAGAUUGGUGUUGUGUUUUAGCGUGACAAGUUUUUGGCGCCGUUGCUGGGGACCCUCUAGGUUAUUGGGGAAACGUGUGAAUUUGUUACUCUAGCUUUUUCUUUAUUGCAUUUUAUCUCUUCCACCUGUGUGCCUUCACGGGUUGUUUCUGCUGAUUGUGUGCAGGUAGUGCAUGACCCGUAGCCAGUCGGGAGAUCUACUACCACUAGACCAGGAGCUUGAACGAACCUGCAGAAACUUCAAGCGGGCUCUAAAGGCGCGACUGGCUGCGGAGGAGGCGCUAGCACAGCUACAGAUCACUGAAGAGGAGGAGAUGGCUGAUCCACAAGACCAUGAUGUGUUCAAUCCUGGGGAGCAGACCAUGGGACAUUACUGGACCGCCAGGGCUGCAGACAUGAGGUCACCCAUUCAACACCCUCAUGUCCCAGCCAAUAAUUUUGAGGUGAGCACCUCAGUAAUCACCAUGCUGCGCGGUUCGGUGAUGUUCCGUGGCAAAGAGGGGGAGUGCCCCCGAUCACAUCUCAGGCGAUUCCACGAGCUCAUCGAUAGAAUCAAGAUCAACGGGGUCCCAGCAGAUGCCAUCCAGCUGAGGUACUUCUCAUUCACCCUGGAGGGGCAGGCCAAGGAGUGGCUAGACACUCGACCUCCGGGCUCCAUCACCACGUUCGCCAACCUGGCGGACAAGUUUCUCACCUGCUACCAUCCUCCGUCCAAGACGGCGGACUUGCAGAAGCAGAUCACCCACUUCACUCAGGAUGAAGAUGAGACCAUCAUGGAUACUUAAGAGAGAUACAACAGUCUCUUCCUGAGGUGUCCCAAUCAUCGUUUCAA